AUGGCUCGCCCUCCAGAUACCACAUGGGAGCUGUUUCACAACCUCAGAGUCCACCCGAGCUGGGGAUAUGUUAUUUAUCGUACUACCUACCCCUCUGUAUCUGACGCACACUUCUCCACCGUGUUCAACUAUCUCGAAGCCUGCAUCAGAAAAUCAUUCUUUGCAGAAGCAGCAGAAUAUCCUUACUGUUAUCGAAGAUGCGACGCAGCUCGAUGGGGUACUAAUCGAUUCGAUUCGCGCUCGUUUGAGGAGUGGGUAGAUGCACAGGGCCAGCGUGAUAAAUUCAAUCAAUAUCGAAUGUGUAUCGUCAUCGAUGAGGAAUGCCUCCAGACGCUACUAGGUACAUCGGCGGAGGCUCUAGACCAGGAAACACAGUACGUUCGAGAUAAGACCGUACGGUACGUGAAGGUUGUGGAAGCGUGGCCGAUAAUCGACGAGGGUGACGAAGACGAGUUUCCGGGAUGGAUGAAGUGUUGGUCGCGCGCGUUAUGGGAUCUUUGGAGCAUGAUGGGCGACGGUGCUGAAAUGAGUUUGUCCUGGGACAAGAUCAGUGAUUUUUGUCCUGGGGUGUAUCGUGGAUGA